AAAGUUAUUGAAGCUGUUUGGAAAUGUUUUUCAGGUUCUAAAUGGCUUCUAAGAAACUGGGAUCCGAUUCUCAUGGUCCCUUCAGUUAUCUUGAUGAUGUCCCAUUUAAGAUAGGAGACAAAUUCAAAACCCCAGCUAAAGUUGGAUUACCCAUUGGUUUCUGCCUUCCUGAUUCUCCUCAGCUUAUCAGAGAUUCUCAGUAUGAUUUCUCACUGGAAAAGAAAACAUUUGAUUGGGCUGAAAAUAUCAGAAAAAUUCAAGCUGUCGAGAGAGAAGUUGAACAAAAGGUAAAAGAAGCGAGAGCUAAGUCGAAGGCUGCUUCAGAAGACAGCAAUAAAAGGGGGUUAUCAGAAGGACCAUGUCCUAAGGCCAUGCUGCCUCCUAUUAACCCCAUCCUCGCUGGGCUGCUGCACAAUAAUAUUCUUACUCCCACACCAGCUGACAGCAGUGCUGUGAAGCAAAAGAUUCUUAGUCCACCUUGUCCAAAAGCAGAUUUCAACCCGGCCGAUUUUGAAUGUGAAGAAGACCCAUUUGACAAACUGGAAUUAAAAACUAUUGAUGAGAAGGAGGAAUUAAAAAACAUUCUUGAAAUUCACGUUGGUACUACGGGGCCGAUUGUUGCUCAGUUAUUAGACAGUAGUUUGCCUAAAGGAGGGCCAGAAUCUGUGUUAGAAGAUCAAGAAGUUCUGGCGUCCAUAGAAAGAGCCGCAUUGGACUUCAAGCCCCUUCACAAACCCAAUGGCUUUAUCACUUUACCACAGUUGGGAAACUGUGAAAAGAUGUCCUUGUCUUCCAAAGUGUCCCUGUCCCCUAUCACUGCAGUGAGCAAUAUCAAAUCCCUAUCCUUUCCUAAACUUGACUCUGAUGAGAGUGAUCAAAAAUCAUCAAAGCUCACGAGCACUUUCCACAGCACUACCUGUCUCCGCAAUGGCACUUUUCUGAGCUCUUUGCAGACCUGUGCUCAGAGUAAAGCUAGUGAACUGAAUGGACACCAUAUGGUUGGUCUUUCUGCUCCAAGUGGCAUGGAGACAUCAGCAUUGUCCUCUUCAUCCAGGCUGCCUUCUCUGGCUGUGUCCACAGUUUGUACAGAAGAAGAAUCAUCAUCUCAAAGCACAGCAACAUCGGUACACUCAGACUACAAAGAAACAGAAAUCCCUGUGGUAACACACCAAAAUCUUGCAGUGUCUAAAGUGCCCAAUAACACCAGCUGCACAAAGCGGCCCGGUGGCCCCGCUCCCGAGCUGCUGCAGGCCCUCUCUGCCAGCGAGAGGCAGUGCAUCGAGACAGUUGUCAACAUGGGCUACUCGCCCGAGAACGUCUUGAAAGCCAUGAAGAAGAAGGGACAGAACAUAGACCAGGUUUUGGAUUACCUGUUUGCACAUGGACAGCUUUGUGAGAAGGGUUUUGAUCCGCUUCUUGUUGAAGCAGCUUUGGAAAUGCACCAGUCUUCAGGAGAGAAGACCACACAACUUCUCAAGCUAAUGAGUCAGUUUAAAGAAAUGGGCUUUGAACUAAAUGACAUUAAGGAGGUCUUAUUAUUACAUGACAAUGACCAACACAACGCUUUGGAAGAACUUGUGGCUCGCGCAGGAGCCAGCUGAAAACGCAUCCCUGGGUUCUCGGCGUGCAGAGGAGCAGGAGCAGCCCCGACACCUCCACCUCCAGCGUGACUUGCUCUCGCCAGGAAGGAGUCCAGCUUAUCACAUCCACGGGAGAGGACUUAGCAAGCCUGCCUGUGUGCAUUACUACAGCAUUUUUCAACUGAGAGCCAACUUUUUUUCUUAAAUUAAAAUUUUUAAGUGCCCUUUCCUAAGUUUCCUUUUUCCAGCUUGGCCACGGAGAGUUUAGACUGUCUGACCUCUACUGGAAUUGUAUAUAGGCAGAGACAGGAGUGG